AUGGGGUAUGAAGAUGAUCUGCUCAACAUUAUUCGCACGUAUGAUGUGCCUGUCGACCCGGCGGCCCUCAGCUCUGCCUUGGAAGAUGAGGGCCAGAGGGAACUGUUAUUUGAGUGGGUCAAGUCGCACUUGACGCCAGACACAUUGCUCACCAAGGACGAGCUGAACUCAUACCAGCUUCUCAAGCGCAAUGGAAAGGCGGACGACCUGGUGGCCGCAGCAGACCUCUCCGCCGUCCAUGCCCUCAAUGAUCAGGAGAUAUGCGAUGCUAUCGAGGAGCUCAACCGCUCCACCAGCGCCAUCAACAAGCAGACAGAGGCCCUUGUGCAACAGCAGGACGCAUUGUCUCGCCUGAUAUCCAGCAGCGGCACGGCUGUAGACGCUCGAUCCAACCUCGAGAUCAAACAGAUUCACAAAUGGGAGUCUGAUCGCCAGGCUCUGAAUACCGCGGUCGAGCUCUUGCUCCAGAGUUUGGACUAUCGCGUGUCGGAGCUCGAGCAGCAGAAUACAGCCUCUCGCGACGAAGUGGUGAGCAUCGUCGAUAGUGUGCUUCACACUGACGACAAGCUUCUGUCCAGCCUCCAGAAGCUCGGAUGGGAGCUCGACGCGGAGGACACAGAGGAGACGGAGAGCGUGACCAAACUGCGUGAGAUAUGUGCCAGACUGAUCAAAUACACUGUAGAGUGUAUCCGCACCAAGCUCGACCGUGUCUUCUUGGAAAGCCUGGGAUCUGCUCAGAAGCCGAUUCAGACAGACGAAGAUACUGCCGGGGAAGACAUCGCGGCACAACAGGAAGAGCUGGAAGAGCUCUACGCAGAGGUCCUACCGGUGGCACAGAUGUCUGUCGAGCAGCAAUGUUUAGAACCUUCUCUUCGAUCUCUGUCUGCCAAGAAUUCCAACAGUGCUGGCCGCUCCUCCGAGGCUUUAGAAUAUAUCAUUGACUGUCUCGAAUUUCUUCUUGAUCGGAUCAAGCGCGUGUCCGCGCGUGUGUCUACUUUUAAGGAACACGAGUUGGUAGCUUCCAGCGUCGUUGCGACCGCAAAGACCGAGCUCUCAACUCCAGUAUCUUCACGUCCUAGCCGCCGUGGCACCGCCAACUCCAGCACUUCUCCAGCUCGCCGGCCUCGAUCCCUCAUCAUGGAUGGCAUCGUGACCCCCACAACACCUCGUGUCACGGCCGGAGGCACCAAGACGAAAGGGUUCUCAUCUGGUGGUACAGCGUAUAGCUCCCCCGUGGAUCACCUCCUCAGCGAGCUUGCUGUCUUUCUCCCAGUAUCAGAUGACCCGUCCAAAAGCACCGCUCAAGCACAGGCCUCCUUCCUCUCCGCUGCGCUUGCGCACCGGGCCCGCAAAUCCGCUGAGGUCUCCCGCAACGUUCAGUCCGCCUUCGAAAGCUCCGUGUCGUCCUGCCUAUCCGAUGCACGCACAGCAGUCCAGCUCAUCCGCGACUCGGUGCUGGCAGAGAGCUCCUUCGCUGAAGUAUACCUGGUCGAUCCAGGAAUAGAAGCAUCAAUCGGGGUGCUGGCACAGGAGGUGCAUAAAGUUGCGAGUCGCCUGGAAAGUGUAGAUAGGGAGGCUGCAGUGCUGGUCAAGGGACGGAAUGUCAAGAGAGAAGAGAUUGUGAAUCGAUGGGGUCGAAAGGCAACAUGAUCUCCGUUGAGCUGAAGUUAUUGUCGAUUGUUCUCCCUGAAGUGGGAUUUAUCAGGCAAAAUCCAACUAUUUGAUGGGGAAG